CUGCCAAGUCAGUCGUUUGUCCUUGGCUCAUUCAGAGCUAACCUUCAGAAAAGAAAUACAUAAAUUGCAGAAAAGCUGACAUCAACUCCUCCAAGUUCCUUACAAUUCUUCCCAUCCAAAGCCGCUCUCCUUCCAAACACUCACUGAUAUCCAGAAAUAAUGGCUUCACAGGCUGGAAUCUUGAAAAGGAUUAUCGGAAAUACCAAGUCCAACUCUUUUCUUUACAAUGCAAUCAUUCCCUUCUCCACGGCUCCUCCUUCUGCUGCUACAGCGACUGCUAUCGAUCCUCCUCCACCACAGCUCCCUCCGUUCAAUUAUGAGCCCAAACCGUACAAAGGUCCAUUAGCUGAUGAGAUUCUCAGCAAACGAAAGAAGUUUCUUGGUCCUUCUCUCUUUUACUACUACCAAAAACCUUUGAAUAUCGUUGAAGGAAAGAUGCAAUAUUUGUUUGAUGAAAGUGGGAGGAGGUAUUUGGAUGCAUUUUCUGGAAGGACAGUGUCAUGUGGGCAUAGCCAUCCUGAUGUUUUGAAUGCUACUUCAGAACAAAGCAAGCUUCUUCAGCAUGCUACUACAAUUUAUUUGCAUCAUGCUAUUGCUGAUUCUGCUGAUUUAGCUGCCAAGAUGCCUGGAAAUCUUAAGGUUGUAUAUUUUGUAAAUUCUGGCUCGGAAGCAAAUGAAUUAGCAAUGCUGAUGGCCAGACUGUAUAGUGGUAACCUUGAAAUGAUUUCUUUGAGAAAUGCAUAUCAUGGUGGAAGUUCUAGUACAAUUGGAUUAACUGCUUUACACACUUGGAAGUACCCUAUACCGCAGGGAGAAAUUCAUCAUGUUAUUAACCCAGAUCCAUAUCGAGGGAUCUUUGGUUCUGAUCCCUCUGGAUAUGCCAAAGAUGUGCAAGAUCACAUUGAAUAUGGUACUUCAGGAAGAGUUGCUGGAUUUAUAGCUGAAACAAUUCAGGGAGUUGGAGGAGCAGUUGAAUUGGCCCCUGGAUACUUGAAAAUGGUUUAUGACAUUGUACGCAAGGCUGGUGGUGUCUGCAUUGCUGAUGAAGUUCAAACUGGAUUUGGUCGCACAGGAAGCCAUUAUUGGGGUUUUGAGACACAAGGUGUCAUUCCUGACAUUGUUACUAUGGCCAAGGGUAUUGGCAAUGGUUUACCAUUAGGAGCAGUGGUGACAACACCAGAAAUAGCAAAUGUGAUGGCUCAGAAAAUUCAAUUUAAUACUUUUGGUGGGAAUCCUGUCUGUUCUGCUGGUGGACAUGCGGUGCUGAGAGUUAUUGACAAAGAGAAGCGUCAAGAACAUUGUGCCAAUGUUGGUUCCCACUUGAUUAGCCGCUUGAGAGACCUUCAGCAGAAACAUGACAUCAUUGGAGAUGUAAGAGGGAGGGGUUUAAUGGUGGGGGUAGAACUUGUGACUGACAGGAAGGAGAAGACACCUGCUAAGGCAGAAACUGCUGUUCUGUUUGAGAAACUUAGAGAGCUAGGUAUUCUAGUUGGGAAAGGUGGACUGCAUGGGAAUGUUUUUCGAGUAAAGCCACCGAUGUGUUUCUCCAAAGACGAUGCAGAUUUUCUUGUGGAUGCGUUGGACUAUUCCAUGUCAAAGCUGUGAGGAUCAAAAUCUGAGAUUAAGAUGAUUGUGUAAUACUCAAAACCUUUUGGCACUGAGUGCCUCAUCUCAAAUGUCACUUUCAAUAAUAUGAAGAAAAUUCCUAAAGUUAUGAGCUCA